UGUAAUGGCGGAUGUUAGUGACGUUGUGGAGGCAACUUAUCUAACUUCUGAAAAUCUGAACGGAAGAGCUCUUUUGCACUGAGCUUUACAGCACAAAGCUAUCGGAUGGAAAUGUAUCAAGGUUGUACACCUGGUUAUCCGCCUCUCCCUCAAGGCUGGGAGAUGAAAGUGGACCCUGUUUCUGGAAAACCGUUCUUCAUCGAUCAUAAGACGCGGACAACAUCUUGGGAAGAUCCCAGAGUUAGGCAGAAACCUUACCCGGGACCUGGUGGAUCCUUGGGAAAUCAGAGUCCUUCCCAGACAUUACAGUUACCAUCUAGUCAGCAGUACUCUACACCAGUACCAUCAUCUCCAGGUCAACUCUACCAAAUGCCUCCUUCGGGGCAAGUUUCUCAAAGCCCAGUGUCAAACCCUGGUCAACCUUUUCCAGUGUUACCUGACCAGUCAAACCAAUUGCCACCUGGUCAGUUGAACCACAUGUUACCUGGUCAAUCCCAUCAGAUUAUAUCAAAUCAACAAAACCAAGCUCCAGCUCCAUCAAGCCAAAUGCCACCCCCUCAGUCAAGCCAAAUGCCACCUAGUCAGCCAAGCCAAAUGGUUAUUGGUCAGCCAAAUCUAAUACCAUCUAGUAGUCAGUCAAACCAAAUGCCACAUGGUCGUUCGAGCCAAAUGCCACAUGGUCACCCAAGCCAAAUGCCACCUGGUCAGCCAAACCAAAUGUCAUCUGGUCAAUUAAACCGUGUGAUCCCGGGUCAACCAAAUCAGAUGGCUCCUGGAGGACACUUUUAUUCAGCACCAGGGCCAAGUCCUUCCCAACCUUAUCAGGCACAGCCAAUGAUUCAAGGCCAACCACAUCAGACUCCAAGGUCAGAUUCUAGUCAACCAUAUCAGCUGCCAGUGUCUACCACUGGUCCAAUUUAUGAAAUUUCAUCCCAGAACACCAGUCAGGGAUAUCAGUAUCCUCCUGUUAAUUCUGCAUCAGCCUCAAAUGGGUCACCAAAACUUGGUCUUCCCCGUCAAUCAAGUCAACAAUAUCCAACAUCAUAUCCAGGUCAACCAUAUCAGAUGCCUGCUUCAAACCCUGAUCAGUCUUAUCAACCUCACUCUUUAAAUCCUGGCCAAUUUUAUCCAGGUCAGCCUGCACAGAGUCCCUUACCUCCCCCACAAACAAGCCAAGCAUACCAAACUCCAACAUCAGCUCCUGGUCAACCAUACCAGGUACGGCCAUAUCAAUCUUCACCUCAGAAUCACGGCCAGGGUCCACCACAACCUAAUGUACAGACAAUGCAGGCAACAGGACCAGGAGGGUAUCAAGCCCAUCCGACACCAGGACAGGUUGCUAAUCAAGCUCAUCCUUCAGGAAAGCUACCCAUACCAACUGUAGUGGGCCCAGCGGCUUCACAGCUCCAGCAACAGCAGCAAGUAAUGCCACCCUCCCCUGUACAACCAAAGCCACCUGGAGUACAAUCUUAUCAUCAUCAUCCAUACCAAAAUAAUUAUAAUUACUCCUCACCCCACGCACAAAGUAUCCCAGGAAAUAGGACUAUUAAACAAGAAAAUCAAGGUUAUGGCCCAACUCAUGUGGGACAACCACUUCAAAUGGCAGAUGGAAGAAGUCAGUCCUAUACUCAAAUUGCUCCAUCACAAGCUACCCAAUGGGCUCCCCCAUUUGCACGUCCUGCACCAACAUCUUUGUAUGGUCACACAUCAUCUCCAUACCCAGGUGCUCCUCCGGUGUCAUAUACAGGUGAACAGUCAAUGACUCAGCAGCCACAAUCCCAAAAUCCACCACCUGGUUACCCAACUAAUUCUUAUGCAGUUGGUUCAGGAUACACAAACCUUGGUCAACAGCCAGGUUUUCCAGGCAGACAGCCCUAUGCUCAGUCAACUCCUCCAAUGUAUGGUUCAGGUUACCACCAGCCAGGUUUAGUUGAACCCCGGAGUAAUUUCAUAUCACGGAGAUCACCUUUAUCAGAUUCUAAAAUUAAUUCAAUUGAUACACUACUUUGUCAUGCAGAGGAACUGGAACCAAGAGUGUUGUCUUUUGCAGGAAGUAGAGGUGACAGAGAGUUUAUUUAUCUUGAUGAACAACUAACAAAACUGAUCUUGGAUCUUGAUAAAGUACAGACUGAUGGAUUAGAAGAUGUAAGAGUGGCCCGCAAGUCUGCCAUUCAAAGAAUACAAUUUUUGAUUGAUACGUUAGAGAAUAAGGGCUGAAGAAGCUACAGAAGACAUACAAGCCUGUUGUCCAUUGAACAUUAAUUUAGUCAAUAUAAUUAUAUGUUAUUCGAAAAGCUGUUAAUAAGUAGUUUAGACUAGUCAGAAAUGGUAAUUGCUUUCCACUGAGUGACUUCAAUAUUUUAGCUGCAUUUAUUGCCUUCUUUUUCUAUGUGGUUUUGACACCAAAUGACAGGAAUAUGUCACGUAGGCAUGUCCUUCAUGGAAAUUUCUCACUUUAACUUACAAGAAUAGAGUGAGUUACAUGAGAUAUCAAAGAAAGAUUAAAUUUUGAGUAUUUCUAUGAACAAGUUAGUGAGCUAUGCCCCUAAAAAUAUUAGUUAUGUCAUUUAAAUUUAUUAGGGGAUGACAUAGCACAAAGAUAUAUAAUGAGAAAGUUUUUCAGCUAGGAAUCAGAGUUUCAAACAGUAUUUUACAUGUGUUUAGAGUUAAAUAUUAAGCAUUAUUUUUUUAUUUCUUUUAUCGACUGUAACAAAGUAGACAACUAAAUGUAAGGAGUCCUCCAGUAGGUGAAAAAGGACUUUGAACUGUUUUUCUUGUAAAACUUUUUUUUCUAGCUUUUAAUUACUGCUUUUUUUUCUGACCUAAAUACUUACCGGUAAGUUGAAUAUUUUUAGUGACAUUCCACUUUAGUUGCUCUCAAUUAUUAAUAAUGUUAAUAUUCAUAGUUGAGCCACUAUUGAACCCUGUUACUAGUAAACAGUUAUAGGUUACUGUGAAGGCCAACAUGUGACUCUUCUUCUCAAGAAAAAUUGGUAGUUUGCGAAAAGAUGUUCAUUGCUCUUCCUAGUGCUUGAGUUUCAAUUGCAAUCUUAUGUUCUCUAACAAAUGUUAAACUUUAAUUUGGGUCAUGCAAACAAAAAACUGCAUGAAGUGUUCCUGCAUUUACUAUAUUUCAAAUUAUAGCAAAUAUUUUACUCCUGUCAAUAAAGUGCUACAAACUAGAAGUGUA